AUAACAAAAUAUAUCCGAUUUCGAAUCUCAGUUUGGAAUGUCGUGAAUGUAGAAACAGAAAGUUGCCAUAUUCAUAACCUAUCUCUUGUGUAUUACUUCCAUUUAUCAAGGAAGAAAAUAAUUAGAGAAUAUUUGGAAACCCUUGUAUCCAUAUGUAUACUACAAUUAUACACGCUAUAUAUACACACACAUAUAUAUGCACAUACAAACACGAGAAAGAGAAGCUCCAUAGUUAUAAGGGGGAUGGGUCGUAAGAUGAUGAGAAUGGAGAGAAUAGCGAAGGAAAAGACGAGAGUGAUGACUUACAGGAAGAGGAAGGCUUGUCUCUUGAAGAAAGCCAGAGAAUUCUCAACCCUUUGUGGCGUAGAUGUGUGUCUCAUCAUCUACGGCCCCAGCAGGACCGCCGUCAAGGCUGCGGCCGAGGAGGAGGAAGAGACGGUGGCCGAACCUGAGACCUGGCCGACGGACGGGAACAAGGUCCACGACAUCAUUGGAAAAUACAGAGACACCGCUUCCAGCAGCUGCCGGAAAAUUUUCCAAGUACAUGACUUCUUGCCGGAAAGAGGCAAGAACAACAACACGGAUAGCAACAAGAUUCGACCAAAAUACCGUGUUUGGGAUGAGAAGCUCGGAGGGUGUUCGAACGAGGAGCUGUUCGGGAUUCUGGGAAGAAUUGAGGACAAGAUUCGCAAGGCACAGGGCCUUGUCGGCUUCUUGGAAGAGACGAAAAGGCAGAAAAGGGCACUGGCCGAGGCAAACCAACAAGCUUUGUGUGGUUAUAGUUACAACCACAUUGAGCAACAACAGUUUCUUCCAUGGCCUCAUCUCGGCUUACCAGUUUCCUAUUCCCAUGAUCCAGCGACCAUGGAGUCAAUCAAAACCCUAAUGAUGUUAAGCAGGCAAGAAAGUUAUGGCCUUUUUCCCGGGUUUUAUGGCGGUCCACCACACUGGACACAGGAGAACAUUGUGUUCAACGGAUCGGAUCAGCUCCCGAGCAAUUGGGUGUUUGAUCCGCCGCCCGUGCAGAGCUCAACACAAGCAAACAAAUGGGAGGACGAUUCUAGUAAGAAUCUGGUUUGAAGGUUAAUCUAGGAAGCUUUCUAGG